AGUGUAUAAUUCAGACGAAUUCAGCUCUAGUAGUAGUACAGCGUAAAGAUCAGCAGGCUCCUUCACCGCUGGGGAACAGCCGCCUUUUGUGUCCCCCCCCUCCCUCGCCCCCCUCCGCUGCAGUGGGGGAGUGCAUUUACCGUCGCGCCCAAGGGGAGAAGCCAAGAAGUAUCCUCCAAUCAGCCGUUAGUGAUUCCUCUCAUCUUGUGAAGCUGCCGAUGGUGAUUUAUCACUGACCUGAGACGGGAUCUGCACUCUGCUCAACACUAACCACCUGGAAUGCUCACUGCAGGUUUUUAUUUCUUUUCUUACACACAAACACCAUCCUGUGGAUUUUUCGAAUAGAAUGACCAGAGGACAAAAGGAGGAUUAAAACGGACUGCCAUCCUUGAAUUUCCUGGGGGUUUUUUUUUCCCCUUCUGAAGACGGACUAACUUUCACAUGUGUAUUUGUGCCACAUGAGGACAUCAUUUUGCACUCAGUGCUUUAAAAGGGAAAUAUAGGCAAUAUUCAGUGGAGUUUGGCAUUUCAAACCACAUUUAUUCUGAAAAGCAUGGCAAACAGGGGGCGAUCCUAGACACUCCACUGCAGUAAUCAUGUAGUAGUGAUACUUCGGUAGAUAGAGGUGUAUGACAAUGGCCAGGAGAUGGAGAUGGAGAGAGGGUUGACAGUUGGAGCACACCUACCUGCUGAGCAUGUCUGACACUUCACUGCUCUGUAGAGUUAUCAUGCUCCUCACUUAGUGGAGAUAGCUUUCCUGUGUGAGAGUGUGUGUGUGUCUGUGUGUGUGUGUGGUUUGCAUUAGGAACCAGCGUUUGGGAUUACACCGCCUCUGGAAACGAUACAGGUGUAGGGGAGCCCUGAAUGAGGAUUAGCAGCUGUAACACCCUGUCACUGGCAGCACACAGGGCCAUGGACCUUUUAGACAAGACUCUGGCACUUCUCACCGAAGGGUUAAGAAUAAAGGUUUAACCGACAUGACGAGACUCAUAGUGCAACAAAGUUAGGAAAGUUAUUUUGAGAGUUUUUUUUCCCCACCUUCUAAAUCAGGUUAUCCUUGACGGAUGCAGACUGAGGCUAUUCUUAGAGCAGGUGGGAGUUUCAUAUAAACAGACUGAGGCCAUAUAUAAUAGCUGGACAAGGACACUGAAGUACUGAAGCAUGAGAGAAUAUGGUUGGGAGUCAGUGAACAUACAGAGUGUAUCCUCCACCCGGUCCAAAAAAACCUGCCGACAUGAAUGCAUCCGUAGUGAAGGCAAACAUUGAUGGCACUUGUGAUAAAUAAUAUUGAUGUCUCCAAUAAGCCAGCAAGCAUAAAAUUCAUUCGAUCCGUGACUUGGUUUGAUAUUGAUUUCUCUACACAGCCAGGACAGAGUCUUGUCUGAUCUCUGCUUAAGAGGUCACUAAUUUAAUUUUAAUCCAUCAUUCGGUCUCACCCUAGAGCUGUCGGUCUGAGUGCUGAGUAUGCUGGAGCUUAGAGAAUCGAUGGCCUGAUAUCUGACAACAGAUAAACACAAUGCACUCAUGCCUUCUAUGAGAAUCUUAUCAUUUCAACAUGUAUUGUUCACAUUGGCUUGUACUAUCAGGAGAGGCAGUACAAGGUAUGAUGGCACUUCUGCUGACAGUUACAGGAAAUUUGGCCACAUGUGUGUGUAGUCAGGCUUGUAGUUGAAAGAAGUGCCUGUCUGGUCUGUUGUUUGGGCUUGUAUCCCUGACACACAGCUUAUCUUAGCUUCCCGGGUAAGAUCCCUGCUAACUGUGUAAGGGGCACCACCCUGCACCACCCAACAUUCACCAAGUUACAUUAGAAAAUACCUUUAACAAAGCACCCGAUUCCGAAGUGGAGGAUGAGAGCAGGAGAAGCGAGUUCUGAGGCGGAGAAGUUAUUUCAGCAGCCACACUCAGCAAGCCUUCAGCGAUCCUGGAAAGCAGAGGGUUUUGGUAGGUGGGCAGCUUGGUGUGGGAGUGAGGGAAGCGCGAGGAAAAGCAGGACCGAGGCAAGUCGUUUGAUAGCUGCAUUGUUUGUAUCUACCCUGUUCAAAGAGCAUUGCUGAGAGUGUGCUGUUCGGAGGUUCAGUGCCGCGGGUGAAAAACCUGAGGAACAGCGUGGGGGAGUCCAGCCGGAGUUCUGCUGGGAAAACCUGCUCUAUACUGCAGUUUUUCAUCAUUAAAGCACAGACAAGGCAUGGUACAGCAACUACACUGUGUGAUCAAGUUUGACAAGUCACUGGAUAAGCGCUGACUUAUCUGAUACAACUGCCUAAUCUAUUUAACAACGUACGCACUCUUAAAUACACAUUUUCUCCCAUUCCAGGAUUACAGUGAAGCUGGAUGUUCCACAGCAAGCACACAAACUUAAACUAGACAUUUUUUUUGUGAUGGAGACGGAAACAAACACAUGGUCUUGUUACUGUGAAAUCCCCACGAUAAAAUUUACUCUGGAUUACAACACCUGAACUGUGGACAAGAAGAGGAGUGACACACCCAAAGAAACUGUGAAUCCGUCCUCUGCAGGGAUGUGCUGUGUGUUACUCUGAGGAGGAGAAGUGUAAUAUACCACAACCCUGCGAAUGAGGGUGGGGCUCUCCCACUGCCACAGACAAAGACCUCGAUAGAGAGAGUCCUGGUGUGACAUCUGGUCAUCUGGGGCAGUUGUUGACUCUCACAGUCCAGCACCGUGUCAAAAGUCACAAUGGGGUGCAACAUGUGUGUGGUUCAAAAGCCUGAGGAACAAUACAGGGUCAUGUUCCAGGUGAAUGGAAAGGAGCUGUCCCGCCUCUCUGGGGAUCCCACCCUGGACAUACGGGACCCCGUGCUGUCCAGCAUACUGAGGCGGGGAGCCCGCAGACGGGCAGGCCUAGCAGGAGCCCCCGGAGGGUUAGCGCCUGUGACCAUGGGCAUGGCCGACUGUGUGGACAGCUGCACUCAAACAGACAUCAGCUUCCAGCAUAUGUUGACUUUGGGCAAAAGCAGCCAGCAUCCCUGUGGAGCUCCACCCCCACCCGAGCCGCCGCCGUCCCCUCCACUACCACCGCUACUGGAGCCAUAUCUAUUCAAUGAACUCUUCAUGGAGCCUGUGUACUAUGACCCCACUGACUACUUCGAUAUUACGCAGCAUGAAGUGGACAGACAGGACGAGCUGGAGUAUGAGGAGGUGGAGUUGUAUAAAUCCCGCCAGCAGGAUAAACUUGGGCUGACAGUUUGUUACAGAACUGAUGAUGAAGAGGACCUGGGGAUAUAUGUAGGAGAGGUGAAUCCAAACAGUAUCGCUGCAAUGGAUGGACGCAUCCGCAAAGGGGACAGAAUACUACAGAUAAAUGGAGUGGACAUCCAGGACCGAGAGGAGGCGGUGGCUAUUCUCACCAGAGAGGACAGCACUAAUGUCUCCCUGCUCCUUGCACGACCCGAGAUAGAGAAUGACAACCAGCUGGACCCAGAUGAGUUGGACCUGGAGCCACUGGACAAUGCGGUCCACCUGCCCAUCAGCCACAGGGUGAGGAACCUCACCUCCGUUGCAGGUGCUGGACCAGGCAACAUUGCUAGUGUGGGUGUACCUGGUAGCUACAGUCGCUCAAUGAACAGGGAUUCACCUGAUUUGCUCCAGAAAGUGCUGAGCAAUAGCCAAGAGCUGGACAGCGGGGUGGGGCGUACAGAUGAAAGCACACGCAAUGAGGAGUCUUCAGAACAUGACCUUCUGGGAGACGACCACACUAGUGCCUCCAAUACAAAUGCCACCAAUACGCCUGGCAGCAUGCGCAAGUUCUUUGCUGGCCGAGGAGACACUCCACCCUUGCUGCACUCCCAGGAGCUCCAGUUCAGCACUGACUCCCUCUUAGGACUGGACUGUGUUAAUGGAGGAGGGCUGGAACAGGUGGAGCGAUUGGAGAGGGCCUACAUGGCAGAUCCUGUGAGGAUGAUGGUGCCUGGUCUGACUGAGGAGGAGUGUGAGAGGUACAAAGAGCUUCUGGAAAUCAAAUGUUACUAUGACAAGCACAGUAAGGAUCUGAUGCUCCUGGAAGGUCAGGGGAUGGCUCAAGAAGAAGGUGGUGUCUCACUGGAUGUGAAUAGGAAUGAGAGCCUGACGCAGCAUGAGAUGGCCCUCCUGGAAGAGGAGCUGCGCCACUUAGAGUUCAAGUGUCGUAACAUCUUGAGAGCACAGAAGAUGCAGCAGCUGAGGGAGCGUUGCCUGAAGGCUUGGCCUCUUGAUGACAAGAAUGGUGCAGGGGCUGGAGUAGGAGCUGGAUGCUUUGACAUUAGUGGUACUUUGGUUAGUGAGGAGUCCUGUCACCACGCCCUGUCAGAUAUUAAUGAGCUCCCAGAGAGGGAGCGCUCAGACAAGGACAGUACGAGUGCCUAUAACACUGGAGGGGAAAGCUGCCGGAGCACCCCUCUGGUCAAUGAACAGUAUCCUUCACCCUCAACCCAGAGCCUGGAGGGUGGAGAGCCUGCUCUCCCAGCAGGUAUGCAGCUUCCAACCUCCACAAGGCAGAGAGAGAGAGGAACCAGGGCCGACAGAGGGGAUGGGGUACAGGCAAACCUCAACCAACUCCACUCUCCCCACACUCAGAGAAGAGGAGCUGAAGCCAAGACAUCCAGCCCCGGAGCGAAGGUUAGGUCGCUGUCCCGGGAUGCAGGAACCAGACGCAGCUCAGACGGAGGGGUGAGACGUAACCCCAAAGAGAGGGCAGGUGGAUGCAGUGCAGAAAACAGUCCUUACCUGUCCCGCCGUCAGACUAAAACAAAGCCACCUCAGCACUACCAGAGCUGCAUGCAGCUGAGGUCUCCCUCAACCUCUGAGCAGCUUGGUGGACUCAGAGAGGGCAGCAUGGAGACUGGGAGUGAUGCCAGCCCAAUGAGCUUGGGCAGCACAUGUAAAGAUGUUGCCCAGGCCUCAGGUGUGAUGCCCUUACCCUUGUCCCCUCCACUGCUGCCCGCAUCCCCUCGUAUGGAGUGGAAGGUUAAGAUCCGCAGCGAUGGCUCACGCUAUGUGGCCAAACGGCCUGUGAGAGAUCGUCUCCUUAAGGCGCGUGCCAUGAAGAUCCGCGAGGAGCGCAGUGGCAUGACAACAGAUGACGAUGCAGUGAGUGAAAUGAAGAUGGGCCGUUACUGGAGCAAAGAGGAACGCAAGCAGCAGCUUCUAAAGGCUCGAGAGCAGCGUAGGCGCAGGGAGUUCAUGAUGCAGAGCCGUCUGGACUGUCUGAGAGAGCGUGAAAGGGAACAGGGCAGCAGCAAUGGAGGCCAGCAGGGAACUACAAACCAGCAGGAAGCCACCACCAUACUGGAGCUCUGCCACCGCAGGAGCAUGAAGAAGCGCAGUCGAAGAAUCCUUGACAACUGGAUCACUAUACAGGAGCUCCUGGCCCAUGGGACCAGGUCUGCUGAUGGGCAGAAAGUCUAUAACCCCCUGCUGUCUGUCACCACAGUCUGAGACAAGAUGGAAGAGAAGGAGGCAAUGAGUUAGGAGGAGAUAAGGAAGUGCCGAAGUGUUUUCAUAGACUCAACACGAGCUGCUUCGGUACACCUUGGCACAAAUACUAAGCAACAUUCUGAAACACAAAGUCCAUGAUGGUAAUAUAAAGUAGCAUACUUUAGGCCCCAGCCUAAAAUGUUUGGAUUGGAGAAAAGCUCAUAACUAAGACAACCAGGGAUUGUGUGUCUAGUAAACAACCCAAACAGAAAGACAUUACAUACAUUUACAAUAUGGUCAAAUUGAAGCUGCAUUUUGAAAAUGCAUUCUGACCACAAAUUUCACAAACAUGCAACAGUAUAUUAGCACCGUAUUUCUCUUCAAUUUUGUCCAAUUGAAUGGACCUUGACUUGACAGAAAAACACUCUCCAGCCUUUUUCAUCAUGCUUUACCUUUAACGUGAAGAAUGUUAUUCUUUCAUCUUACACAGAAACUUGUACCAGCUUGACAGAUUUGAAAUCUGAAUGCCACAGCCAAUGCGCAAGACAAAAUAGCAGUGUGGACAGUGGACAGUUUUAGAGCCAUAAGGUGGGAAUGAAGCACAGAUUAGCAUUUCUGAGACAACAUAUUCAGUGGAAUCCAUUCAGAAAACACAUCACUGCUUGAUCUGUCUUCUUACAUAAAGGAGAGAUGGUGUGAGAGCAGAAACCUGCUGUUUCGCCGUCUGAGAAAUAGUGCACAACUUAAAACUUACCUUUGCAGGCCUUUACAUUUUUAUCAAAGACUACAGGAAAAUUAAAAGCAAGGCUGCCAAAACAUUCAGAAUAAGCGCUACUUCUGUGCCAUUAAACUGUAUAUUUAGUGUUGCUCAAGGACUUCUGACUAAAAACAUUUUCAAAAGAACAUUUUGUGCCAGUUAAUGUGGUUAUGACACUUUUUCAUUCUUGCUGUGGUCAUGUACAAAUGCUCUUUUGUUUUGACACAGGAAAUUGCAACAUUGUUGUCAGGUCAGACGGUUUUUGACAAUGAUGAGCUGAGUGGCGCCUUCAUUUCAGGCUGUACAGCACAAUUUUCAAAGCGAUUUAAGAAGACUGAAAUACUGUACCUGAGAGGGUGAAACCUGAAGCACACAGCAAUCCACAGGCCUAAUGUUUUUAAAGAAAGGCACAUUGUGUCAUACAAAGCACAGGCAUAAUGUUGUUUCAUUAAAAAAAAUAGCACAUUUGCUAUUUCAGUGGACAGAAGAUCUAAUUCCUUUUCCUCUUUUCAAGCUGUCCUGCUUUAUCUGGACCAAGAAGCUUUAGUUAGUACAUCAUCAUAAUUUAUGCUAAAUGCUGACUGUGAACAAGGCUAUUUCAAGAUUAAGAUUACUCUUCGCUACAAAAUAUCCAGUCCGUUAGGUCUGCAGCCACUAUGGGUUCUUCCUACUCGUUUCAUGUAAAAUGUGUCAUUCAAAAAAAAAAAAAAACA